UGGAAGGCAGUUCACUAACAUUUUAAAUCGCAUUCUUCCACAACAGCCGCAGCAGUCGUUUCAACUUUUACCUGUGUCGAUCGCGUUCUAGGCCAGUAAUCCGGACAGAAUUCUUCGUUUUAUAGGCCAGUAUAUUCGUAUGUUGCGGUGAGAAUAAUUUUAGCGGUAUCAGUGCUGUUUCCGAUACGUGGUUUUGCAUUGACAUGCGAUUUUGAAAGGUAAAACCUGAAAGAAGCUACCGACCAGUUUCUCGUUGUUAUUUCGAGAAGAUAGGCCGUUGACCAGUGCCAAAGAUGAAGAUGCCCAAAAAGUAUACAUUGAAUAAAAUGGCCGACGGUAAUCAGGCGAAAACUUUGCCUCAGUACAUCGCAGCCCUUUCCGUUUGUCUAGGAGCUGUAGCCGCCGGAGCUAUCCUCGGUUGGACCGCCAACAUAUCGGAUCGAUUAAAAAACGCCGAAUUCAACGAUAUCGAAAUAACGGACGACGCUCUAGGAUGGAUCGGUUCGUUCGCAACAUUAGGAGCCAUGGUGACCUGUUUCCCCAUAGGUUUCCUCUGCGACAAAAUCGGUAGAAAAUGGAGUUGUAUCUUAACGGUGAUACCGUUCACGAUCGGUUGGCUACUGGUCAUUUUUGCUAAGAAUCUCAGCAUGAUAUACGCCGGUAGAUUUCUAACGGGAUUAGCCGGAGGGGCGUUUUGCGUCGCGGCGCCUAUUUACACGGCGGAAAUCGCGCAAACGAACAUCAGAGGAACGCUGGGAAGUUUUUUUCAAUUGUUAUUAACAGUCGGUAUUCUUAUUGUUUACGUAGCAGGCGCGUUCGUCACGCCUUUAACUCUAGCCGUACUAUCCGCUGUUAUUCCUUUGGUAUUCGCGGCCGUGUUCUUUUUCCAACCGGAAACUCCCGUUUAUCUAAUGAAGAAAAAUAACGGGGAUGGAGCUAAGAAGGCUUUGCAACGAUUGCGGGGAUCUGCGUAUAAUUGUGACGCGGAACUUAAAGAAAUUCAACACAACAUCGAAAAAUCUACUUCGGAACAAAAUUCGUUUGUGGAAAUAUUGAAAACUAAAGCUAGUAUCAAAGCUAAUAUCAUCACGUUCGGUCUUAUGUUUUUUCAACAGUUAAGCGGCGUUAACGCGGUAAUUUUUUAUACGGGGGAUAUUUUUAAAGCUGCCGGUUCCUCUAGCUUGAAACCGAGUACCGGAACGAUUAUAGUCGGUGUAUUACAAACGGCGGCUACGUUUUUAUCGGCUUUAAUAGUCGAUAAAUUCGGUAGGAAGAUCUUAUUGAUAAUUUCGAUCGUUUUUAUGGGGGUUUCGGGUUUGGUUCUUGGUGUAUACUUCUCGUUAUCUUAUAGAAAUCUCAUCGAUCAAGAUCGAAUCGAUGCUAUCGGUGUUUUACCGAUCGUGUGUUUGAGUGUUUUCAUUGUGAUGUUCUCUUUGGGUUUCGGACCGAUUCCGUGGAUGAUUUCGGCGGAAUUGUUGCCUCAGGAGAUUAAAUCUACGAUGUGUUCGGCGGCCGCUAUGUUUAACUGGUUUUUGGCUUUUAUAGUCACUAAGUUUUAUGUUAAUUUGAAAGAAGGCGUCGGACCGGACGUUACUUUCUACAUUUUCUCGGGAAUAUGCUUCUUGGGAGUUGUUUUUAUUGUUUUCCUCGUACCCGAGACGAAAGGUAAAACCGUCGCGGAAGUACAAGCCAUUUUAAGCGGUGAACCGAUUAAAUCUAGCGAAAAAGAGGGUAUCGACAAUCCUUCUUUCGAUAAUUAGUCAUAAUUUUUAUUUAAAGUACCUGGUUUUUAAAUAUAUUUGUUGUUUUUUUUAGUAAUGUUUUACAUCGUAUUCGACUUUCGUGAUUUACACGUUGAUCGUGUGAUCCGAAAAUAUUUUAUCUUGUGAUUUUAAAAUUUUAUCUGUUUUAAUCGUUUUAUAAUUUUUUUUCUGAUUUUAUACAAAAAACAAAUUUAAAUCGUGUAAAACGCUAAAAACAAAAAAAAUUAUCUCUAUUUUUUUAAACCCCACGCCACUGGCAAACAUUAUUUUGACAGAACAAUAAUCGAUUAUUCAUCGAUAGUACGAAAUAAUUUGAGAUUUGUAUCCAACUUCCCAUAAAUUUGUAAUACUAAAUCUACGACGUCAUUAUUUCGUACGCUUUAAAAGAGAUAUCGUGAAUAAUUUAAUUUGACAUAUGUCAGCUCACUCUUAUAAUUCAAUUCCAUCAAAUUCAUUUGUGUGCGAAUGUUUUUGUUUUAUAACAACGAUUAUUUUAAACAAUUAAAAAUCUAAAAUUAAAUAAAUAGAUCGUAUUUGAAUAUUUAUAACUAUGUGUGAAAAUGUAUAUUUAGUCAAUUAUAUGCCAUUAUCGAUAUUAUUGAUUGCUUAAUUUAUUAUAUUUUAUUUAAAAAAAAAAAUAUUAAAAUCAUAUUAUAUUA